AUGAACAUGGAGAUUCUGCGGAAUUUUCAAGCUAAGCUGCCUUCCCAAGCUCAACGGGACAAAGGGGCGCGGUCGUUCGGACAUGGGCAGUUGACCCUCAUCCCUAAAGCCCUUGAUGAAAAGCCUCCAGAAGUAGCAGGGUCAGCCCUCUGCUCGCGAACUGGUCGCAGAGCUGACGAGCAUCGCUCGUCGGUGGAAGCGUUGCGAUGCGGUGGUUCUGAUGAAGUUCUUGGACGCUAUGAUGGGAAGGUUCAGGCACUGCCUGGCGGUCCUAGCGGCGGCUCAACGCAGGAUUGGGCGCCAAACCCUGAGCAGAACCAUCUCAAGCUUGCGAUGCGAUGGCGAUGA